AUAGUUUUCCUCUAGGCAGCGCCAUGUAUUGUAUGGCUCUGCCUCUAGGUAGCGAUGGGGAUGAGUGUAGAUUGAGCGCCAAUAUUUUACCAGAAUACAUUGGUAUCAUGAAACUAUAAAAAUUUGAACGACUUCGGUUGUUCCCUUACGACAAGAAAUGUCUGCUGCAAUGCUGAGCACCAAGACCAGCAAGAUGAAUGUAUUGGUCAACAAACUGCACGAGUACUUGGCUAGUUCUCCUGUUGAGGACAGCAAUGGCCCACCAACCUCAGAGGAUGCUAAUGGACUGACAAACAAGAGAUGUUCUGUGGGAAACUCAAAAACUCGUGCUGCAACACAGGCAGGAGUAGACACCAAAUACUCAAGGAGAAAACCAUCUGUUGUCGUAAGACACUCUGGACUGGAUGAAUCAGGGGACUCGAAUGCAAGUGAGGACGUGGAAUUACGAGUCAACGCAAAUGGUCACCCUGAUAUCACUAGAUUACCAAAAGGCACUGUACUGGUGAGGCCUGAACCUGUUGACAAUGGGAAAGAUGACUUCAGGGGUCCUGAGUUUCGCAGCCGGAAACCAGGCGUACUACGGAGAGAGUUUUCGAGGAGACGUGGAGGUGGCGAACACAUGGAAAUUGUCAGUUGCACCGCUUGUGGCAGACAAGUUAACCACUUCCAAAGAGAUUCCUUCUUCCGACAUCCAGUUCUGAACGUUCUUAUUUGCAAGUCUUGCUACAAGUAUUACUCAAGUGAUGACAUCAGUAAGGAUGGAGAUGGAAUGGAUGAGCAAUGCAGAUGGUGUGCUGAAGGAGGCAACUUGAUAUGUUGUGACUACUGUAGUAAUGCCUUCUGCAAGAAGUGCAUUCUAAGAAAUUUGGGAAGGAAGGAGCUUUCAGGCAUCUUGGAAAGCAAGUGGUACUGCUAUGUCUGUAGCCGUGAGCCCCUUUGCGAUCUGGUGAUGGCCUGUGACAGCGUCCUCGAGAACAUGGAGAACAUGUGGUUUCAGCAGCGCAAAAGGAACAGGGUAGAGCCGGAAAAAUCUCAACUUUACCACAUGUUGCCACACUUACAACAAAACAUUCCUUUGGAUAAAUGGGAUCACACUGGUAUGGAUGGGAAUGUGGUGUUCAACUAUAACACACUGCAGAUUUCCAAGGAGAUCACCAAAAAAGCUAAACAUUUAGUGGACUCAACAAACAUCUUAAACCGGACAUUUGUCAAUUUCAUUCAUACUGUGACGUCAAACAAAAAAGCACCUACGGUUCGCAAGCUGCACCUGAACUCUUUUUUGUCAGUAGUCAAAGGAUUGCGCAAAUCACUUGCAGCACUUGAGGAUAGCCUUAAGGAAGAAUUCAGUGACGUGGAUGUCAUGAGCUGUUGGGAAAAGUUCUUUAGUGAAGACUUCGAUGCACAACCUGUAAUAGAUUCAGGCACAGAGCCGGAAAGCUCUGAAGAAAGGUGUUUGAGUGUCUUGCGGAAAUUGGCAGCCGAACAAACAGAAGAUUAUGAUUCUGACUCCAAAGGCUUCAAGGACAGGAGGACUGCAUGUGCCUGCCCCGGUGAAAACAUGGAUUCAGAUUCACGUGAAGCCACACAGAGUGCACAGAUGCCUUCUGAAAGCGGGAUUAACAUGACUAAAAAACUAGUAGUUCAACUUACUCCUGUACCAAUGGAGCAGGAGCAAUCCUCUUGUGCCCCAAAGAACGAGAAGGACAUCAGCAUGAGCGACAACACAUCAGAGGGAAAGAAUGUAUCAGAAGAUGAAAAACCAUGUGUUAAAGGUGUUAAAGCUGACAGCAAGAUAAGCAACAACAUCUCUAUUGCAUCUCCACACCCAGAAGAACAACAUGGCAAUAGACGUUCUCCCCGCUUGAAGACGACACCUUUGCGACGACCAAGUGGCGUCAAGUCCAAAGAGUCUCUUUCAGCAGCAGACAGUGACAGUGAUUCUGACCCUGAGGAAACCUCCAGCCAAACACCUGCCAAAAACACUGAAGAACCAAGUCUGAGCCGAGCAAGAGACGACUCUGACUCCGAUGAAGUCCCUGUAGCUCUGCUUGAGCGAGCUGCUAUGACACAAAGCUCAGAUGAACCCCAGAGCGAUGAGAACGGUGGAAAAGCAUCAAAUAAGGUGGCCAAGAAAUGUCUCUUUUGGCUAACAAAGAACUCCCCGCUCUCCCCGGAGAGCAUGCGUCGAAAACGCAAGAUGCUAGACCGCUCCUCAGAAUCAGACUCGAGUAAUAGAAUAACUAAAUCACGAAGAGAAAGCGGGAUAGAUUCCUCUAGCGAUGAUCAAGACUCGCAGAAGAAGAUGCAACACUUGAAUACUUUGAGGCCAAUUGGGAAGUCUCCCCUCGUCAAAAGAGAUAAUGAAAAAUCGCCUAAAAAGCCAGUUGGGAUACAGGCUGGAAAAUCUAAGGCUAAAUCCCGCCAGAAAGCAAUGGAGUCCUCCUCCUCAUCAAGCGAACAUGGAGAUGAUGACGAAGAGACCGGGAGUGAAGGAAGUGAUCAGAAGAUGAAGCGAAUCACUGAAGAUGUGGCCUUACUGGGGGCAGCAGCAUUCCACCAAUCGUCUGGAGACGACGAGGAGCACUCUGGGCCCUCGUGGGCAGCAGAAGAUGAUGAUGAUCCAGAAAAUAGAAUCGCAAAGAAAAUGCUUUUGGCCCAAAUCAAAGCCAACUACUCCUCGGGCGAUGAUAUCUCUUCAGACGAGGAGACGCAGGAGACAUCUGACUCGGAGGAUGAUCAGGCGGUCAAAAAAGGCAAUAAGGAUAAUAAAACAGAUGAAGGGGAAGACUUUGCUACCGAAUCUUCUGACGCCAUGUCUGAUGGGCCCACCUCCAAGCACCAUCUGCUCCGCCACGGACUGACCUUGGAUGACGGAGCGCCUGUUGAUAAGGCUGGGGCAGAGAGUGAAGCAGGAGAGCCAAAGAGCAAGCAAAAAGCCAGCAGAAAACUCCUAAACUCUGAUAGUGAAAGUGAUACUGAGAGCAACGAGUCGGAGCCGGAGGACGCCGGGAUGAGCGAGGAGCUGAGUCUGUCAGAGAACGAGGACGGUGACGACAAACUCAAAGGAGGAUCCAGUCAAAGGAAGGAGAGGCCUCAUGAGAAGCAGGCAGUGCCCUGCAUUUGGUUAUCUGACUCCAACAGUGAAAAGAGUGAUAAAGAGGAUGCAGGGGAGGAGAACAGCGACAGUAAAGGCACCCCCAAAGGACGCAAAAAGAUUCGCAAAAUCAUCGAUGAUAUGAAUCUCCGCACUGAGACGCUGGAAGCCCUCAGAGAGGAAGAGGAGAGACGCAAACGUUUGGCAGAAAGGGAACAACAGAUGAAGGACAGGAGAACGAUAACUAUCCCAGAUGAUGAUGAUAUGCCGUGUCCCAUCACCAUCAAGCUGAUCCUGGAUCAGGACAAGGAGAACAAAAAUCCUCUUGUUCAGGUGCACAGGAACCUGGUGACGAGCCUGAAGCCUCACCAGGUGGAUGGCGUCCAGUUCAUUUGGGACAGUUGUUGUGAGUCUGUGAAGAAGGCCAACUCUUCUCCUGGAUCUGGCUGCAUACUGGCACACUGCAUGGGCCUUGGAAAAAGUCUGCAGACGGUAGCCUUCCUCCACACGGUGCUGCUGUCGGAGAACCUAAGAUUCAGAACGGCCCUGGUCGUUUGUCCGCUCAAUACCAUCCUCAACUGGGUCAACGAGUUCAGUAAAUGGCAAAAAAACUUGGGACAGGAUAAAUUAAAGGUCACAGAACUGACGACAGUAAAGCAUCCCCCAGAGCGAAUCAGGGUUCUGCAGAGGUGGAUGAGAGAGGGAGGCGUGAUGAUAAUGGGCUAUGAGAUGUACCGCAACCUGUCUCUAACCAAGAAAGCUGACGAGGAGAGCAGGAAGCAGAUAAAGAGCCUACUGGUGGAUCCAGGUCCGGACUUUGUGGUCUGUGACGAGGGACACAUCUUGCGCAAUGAAACUUCUAAUAUCUCCAAAUCUAUGAACGCCAUCAAGACCCGACGGAGAGUGGUGCUAACUGGCACUCCACUACAAAACAACCUGAAUGAGUACCACUGCAUGGUGAAUUUCAUCAAGAAGAAUCUGCUGGGCUCACUGGGCGAAUUCAGAAACCGCUUCAUCAACCCCAUACAGAACGGCCAGUGUGCGGACUCCACGUCACGAGACGUCCGCAUCAUGAAGAAGCGAGCGCACGUGCUUCAUGCAAUGUUGGCUGGAUGUGUGCAGAGAAGAGAUUACUCGGAGUUGACUCAGUUUCUGCCUCCCAAACACGAGUACGUGCUGGCUGUGAGGCUCUCCCCACAUCAGUACAGGUUGUACCGCUACUACCUCGACAACAUCACUGCUAUGGGUUCCUCGAGGAACAGAGUGAAUGUGAAGGUGGGAGCAAAUCUGUUCAAGGACUUUCAGGUGCUCAGCCGCAUCUGGACCCACCCCUGGUGCCUUCAGCUGAACUACAUCAGCAAAAGAAAGAAGAAAGAUCUUCUAAGUAAGAAUACAAAUAAAUCAGCAGAACAGCGGAGAAAUGAAGAGCGUGCUGUGGCUGAGAGUGCACUCAGAGCGAUCAAAGGGCCAGCAGGGAACAGCGAGGCCGGCCCUACAGCGGGUGUUGCUGGUGUGUCCACAACUGCUCCAGCACUGGAAGCUCGAGGGGGUCCGACGCAAGAUGAUGUAUGGUUCAAAGGCAUGGUGACUGAAGAGGACGCUGAAAUCAUGGAGCUCUCGGGGAAGAUGGUGCUCUUGUUUGAGAUCCUCAGAAUGGCUGAAGACCUCGGGGAUAAAGUGCUUGUUUUCAGUCAGUCAUUGAUCUCGUUGGGCCUUAUUGAGGACUUCCUGAAAAAUUCUCACAAUGCCAGAAACUCAUCAGCAUUCAAAGCGGGCAACUGGAUUAAAAACAUUGAUUACUAUCGUCUUGACGGUUCCACCAAUGUUUUGUCAAGGAAGAAAUGGGCUGAUAAGUUCAAUAAUGACACCAAUGAUCGUGGCCGAUUGUUUCUCAUUUCAACGAGAGCCGGCUCACUUGGUAUCAACCUCGUCGCUGCGAACCGGGUCAUCAUCUUCGACGCCUCAUGGAAUCCCUCGUAUGACAUACAGAGCAUUUACAGGGUGUACCGCUUCGGUCAGCUCAAACAGGUGUUUGUGUACCGCUUCCUGGCUCAGGGCACCAUGGAGGAGAAGAUCUAUGAUCGUCAGGUGACCAAGCAGUCUUUGUCCUAUCGAGUGGUGGAUCAGCAGCAGAUCGAGAGGCACUACACUCUGUUUGAACUGACUGAACUUUACACAUUCGAGCCGGACCUGCUGGACCACCCAAACUCUAAAAAAAGCAAAAGAAGCACCUCUGUUUUGCCAAAGGAUAAGGUCCUGACACAGCUGUUACAAACCUCUAAAGACCACAUAGUGUCCUUCCACGAGCAUGAAUCUCUGCUGGACCAUAAGCAAGAUGAGGAGCUCAGUGAGGCAGAACGCAAAGAUGCGUGGGCCGAGUACGAGGCCGAGUCUUCCAACCCUGCUGCCACCAUCACCCAGGACACCCUGCAUGCGAAGACCAAUGAACAGCUAGUGGAGUUGCUGAACAAGACCAGAGCGGAUACAAAUGCGACAUUCCUGUCCCUUCAGAAAAUGACUACUCACACUGUGGAGGACUACAUGUUACGAGUUCGGCAGCAGUAUCACGAGCUGCCGGAGGCUGAGAUUAGGACCAAAGCUCAGAAUUGGAAAGUGUUUGACGAGAAGGAGCGGGAACGUAGACAGGCCUUGUAUCAGGACAUUCUCACACAUCAGCAGACACUCACACUCAGCAUCACGGACAUCCUGAAAAGACGCAGGAUGCAAGAGAUACAGGCGGCCGCGACCACUGUUACCCAGCCGGGACACACUUGAACAAGCAAGUCAUGUUUUAAUAGGAAAGACAAUUAUGCCUUUGCUCUUCAUCAUUGCUCAACCAGUGAGUUGAAUGAUUGUUUAACACAAAAUCUGAGUGCACUGACAUUCCCAUAUCAUUAAAACAGCAUAGUAUCAGAUGUUAUUGAAACAUUUCUGUUCCUUUUGUCAAUAAUGUUCAGGUUCAUUUUGUAACACUUUGAGCACUUUAACUGCAGGAUAUGAUAUUAGGCUCUAUGAAUGUCUUUUAAAAUUUGCAAAUUAACUAGUGCCUAUUUCAGCCACUGAGGAUCAGUUUGAUGGUUACACUCACAGUAGAUGCCUUCAAAUAAACCUUGUUUUGUUAUUGAA